AACUCCCAACCGCCAGAACAAAACACAACACAGAGAGUGAUGCUGAUGCAGUCAAUUUUGUGUCCCAAUUCACCUUCACUCUCCUCAGCUUCAGGUAGCUUUUUCACUUCUUUCUCUUUGCUCUGUCCGACCUGUCUGAAAUACUCUGAAAAACACAAGCUGCAUGCAUCUCUAACUCACUCAAAUCCCAGCCAUGGUGUCAAAGAAUUCAACUUUCCAGCUUUCAACGACCAGACUUAUUCAGUUACUGACCACCCAAAUAGCCCAAUAAUAGGAGAGGAGAUUUCUUUCGAGUUAUAUAACCGUUUAUUACAGAAUUUUUGUAGAGUUGGGCAUGUUGAUAAGGCCAUGACUCUUCUUGCUCGAAUGGAAGCUCUUGGAUUAAGACCCAAUUCGAAUUCCUACACUCAUUUGAUUGAUGCUUUAGGAAGUAUUGGUAGGACUUUGGAGGCUGAUGUGUUGUUUCAGGAAAUGAUUUUCUCGGGGUUUAGGCCAAGAAUUAAGCUUUACAAUGUUUUGCUUAGAGGGUUUUUGAAGAAAGGUUUGUUAGGACUUGCAAUUAGAGUUUUGGGGAUGAUGGGGGAUUUGGGUGUUGAGAGAAAUCAAGACACAUAUGAGAUUUUACUUGAUUACUAUGUCAGUGCUGGGAGGUUGGAGGAUACUUGGUCCACGAUUAAUGAGAUGAAGCGAAAAAGGUUUCGACUGAGCUCAUUUGUAUAUAGUAAGGUCAUUGGUCUUUAUAGGGACAAUGGGAUGUGGAAGAAAGCAAUGGACAUUGUCGAAGAGAUAAGAGAAUUGGGGGUGACAUUAGACAAACAGAUUUACAACAGCAUUAUUGAUACAUUUGGGAAAUAUGGUGAGCUGGAUGAGGCACUGGAAGUCUUUGGGAAAAUGAAACAAGAAGGUGUAGAGCCUGAUAUUUCGACCUUUAAUUCGUUGAUACGGUUGCACUGUAAGUCUGGGUUGAUAAAGAUGGCCCUCGAGUUGUUUACUGAGAUGCAAGAACAAGGAUUAUAUCCUGAUCCGAAAGUGUUUGUUACUAUUAUCAGUAGAUUGGGGGAGCAAGGGAAGUGGGAUAUGAUACAGAGGACGUUUGAGAAAAUGAGAAGCCGAGGGCAUAAAAUAAGUGGGACUAUUUAUGCUGCUCUGGUUGACAUUUAUGGGCAAUAUGGAAAAUUUCAGGAUGCAGAAGAGUGUAUUUCUGCACUAAAGGCGGAAGGUCUUGUUCUCUCUGCCAGUAUGUUUUGUGUCUUAGCAAAUGCCUAUGCCCAGCAGGGAUUAUGUGAUCAGACAGUCAAAGUCUUUCAGCUUAUGGAAGUGGAGGGAAUCGAACCAAAUGUGAUAAUGCUGAAUGUCUUGAUUAAUGCAUUUGGUAUUGCUGGUAGACAUUUAGAGGCUAUGUCCAUAUAUUACCAUAUAAAAGAAAGUGGUUUAAGCCCUGAUGUAGUUACUUAUACUACCCUUAUGAAGGCGUUUAUUCGAGCAAGGAAGUAUGAUAGGGUUCCUGAGAUAUACAUGGACAUGGAACGUGCUGGAUGCACACCUGAUAGGAAGGCUAGACAGAUGUUAGAAGUCGCUUCAUUGGUCCUUCAACAGAGGAAUUGAGAGGGUUCAAACGGCUUUAAUAGAGUUGGUGAUCAAUUUGCUCAUGUACUGCCGUACUGGUAUAUGGGAUACCAUUGUUGCAUAGUCCACUCGAUAUUAUUGUUUGCUAAGAAACUGCUGUUCUCAGGUUGUCUGACAUGGCUGUUGAAUCACCUUUCUGUAUCUGAUGCACGGGUGUAAGAUCUCAAAUCUCUUAGUAGUAACAAUGUCAAGUGAAUUGAGAUGCACACAUGGCCAGCUUGUGAAGCCAAGGCUUGCAUAGGCAGAAACCACAUAUACCUUCUGCUGAAAUAAACACAAUCAGAUCUUUUGCAGCAGAAUGCCAGAAUCGGGUAGUGCAAUUCUAUUCAGUAUUCAUAUUGUAAAUGCAAUGGAGAACUUGUUCAUAAAUUUUAAGAAAAAAAUCGAGAUACAAUCUUGGGCAACCUUAUUUGCUUGCCUGACUUGAGAA